AUGGACGCCUGGACCGAUAGCUCGCCUUCACCGUUUGUUCUUUCUGCGGGAAGCCAAUGCCUAGACGCUGGCAACCCGCUCUUUGCUGGGAUUGUUCAUGCCAAGCAACAGUUGCAAACUGAGCUUGCGAGCCAGGCCCCGCAAAAUGGCCCCACCAAUACCUCCAAAACAGGCUUUUUCUCGGCCGUCUGUGAGGGCGAUCUUGUCACUGCUGAGGCCGCCAUAGCUGCGGACCCGGGACUCGUUGCGUCGUUCUACCCAGAGGACAAGGACGGGUUUCCCCCGUUGGUCUUUGCCGUGGUGUUCCAACAAACCGCCAUUGUCGAUUCCCUUCUUAGAAUCCAUGACGUGGACCCAGACAUGCCGGACAAAUCCCCUGCCCAGUACACGCCCCUCAUGUGGGCUAUUUCUGUAAAGGAUGUCUCGAUCAUGUCCUUAUUGCUUGAGUUCCAGGCGGACCCCGAACUCUCGCCCACCGGGAAUGGUGUAUGUGCAUCUUCGCUUGCAUCAAAAAGUACCCCCGAGAUUUUCGACUACUUCAAGACCCAUAACUUGUUCACCAGCGGACCGACGACUGCGGAAGUCUACCCACUCCAUUCCUUCGGAGACAGCAACACCGACUCUGUAGACGACGUUGCCCUCAAGAUUCGCAUGCUGACGCUUGCCAACAGUCAAGGCAUGGAACUACUGGAUUCCGAAGACAGCGCUGACGAGGAAGCCACAUUGGCUUUGGAUUCGCAUCUUUUGCAGCUUUCGGACUUCAACUACCAUAAGCCGCUUCCGGAACAGUUCAUCAAGUUUUCAGACCUGGAUAUUCCUUCACUCCUCGACUAUAUUUUCGGCUUGAGAACGAGCUCGCCUGCCCAGCAACAUAACACCAAAGCCCCUGCGGCAAUUCUCUUCCAGUUGGUCCAUUACUCGCACAACAAAGUGGACUCCAGGGACCUCACUGAAUUUCUCUUCGAGUGCUUUGUUACAAGAUUGCGCUCCGUCACCAACACCAAGUCUGGUGUGUUUAACAUGGCCUUGACUGUGGCAGAUCAGAACGACAAAAAACCUUCCAGCGGUGCCGGGGAUAUUGUGCUCCUUAGUUAUUGGCUUUCGGUAAUCCAGUUCUUACAUUUCUACCUUACAAAGGCAGAGUUGUACUCACAAUACCCCAAGUUUUUGCAUGAACUUAUGAACCUCACUCAAUCCUUGGUCGCCACUUUGUCCUUUUCCAUCAAUUCUCGCCUCAAUGUAUUGGCUGAUGACUGCAUGCUCAAUUUCACGAGCUUGGUUGACGUUUCCAGUGUUUUAUAUGCCAAAGACUGGAAUAUUUUCAAGACACAGAAGAAGCAUCCCAACUCGUACGAUGAUAUUUUGAAAAUGCUCUUUCCGCCGACGCUAAACGAUUUGAUGAAGCCAUCGCCGCUUAGGUACGUUCAAGUUUUGGGUGCUUUGUACUAUGUUCUUGAGAUUCAUGGUGUUGAUCCUUUACUUCGUCUCCAGACAUUCUCGCAAGUAUUUUAUUACAUCAAUGCGAUCAUAUUCAACCGCUUAAUGGCAAAUUCGCAAUACUGCUCAAGAAUAAAAGCUAUUCAGAUCCGCUUGAACUUAUCUGCCUUGGAAGACUGGUUGCGCUCUCAUGAUUUCCGCGCACACAAGCCAGAUCGAAUUGGAGGCCUAGGUGAUCUUUUGAAUGCCCCUGAUGGGGCAGAAAUAAUCAAUAACGCUACUCUUCUUGAAGGAAAAAACGAAGAGUCUGAUCCCCACUAUUUGUCUUUUUACUACAAGUCCCUUUAUCACAUUGCAAAGACACAAUUGUUACCGACCAUUGAACUAUUGCAAUGGCUCCAGAUUAUGACUGGAUUGGAGGAUGAAGAAUCGCUUAUCAAUACUAUAAACGAGUUCGACACACUCAAUUAUUAUCAGCUAGUCAAAUUGACUGCGAAACUAUACCGCUAUGAGGUGAGUGAGAACAAGUUCCCCAAAUCUCUAAUACAGCUACUCAAGCGAUUGGUUGCCGAACAAGGUGAAGCCCAGAUAUCCAAGACGAAAAUUCACUACAUGACUCAAUCCACGUUUUUGCUGAAGGAAGUGUAUAUUUAUCUCAACCCCAACCAUAUCUUUGGUGUGGCUCUUCCAAAUGCCAGUGAGCUUAUUAACAAUUAUGGAGCAGGAAUUGGAGGUGUGAAGAGGCUUCGUGCAAAAAAGUACCAACCCAGCUUGCCCAUCAAAAUCAUGGACGACAUCGACAUGAUUUUGACGCAUAAUAAAAACGAGAUGGUUAAUGGCUCAUAUGACUAUGAUGAGAGCGAAACGGAACAAAUCCCACUGGAAUCCGAAUCGUUGCACAAACAUUCUCCUGAGAGACAAGUUUUUGUGGGCGAAAAGAAGGUUUUUAAAGGCGACGAGCUUUUUAAACAGAUGCAGCCUCCACUGUCGUUGGCGCACAAAGAGUGGGGCGCAGAUGAAAUGGAGAGUAACCCGUGGUAG